CUGCAGACAGGAAGUUGCAUUUGAUUCACCUUCUGAGGUCAUGGCCCAGCAGAGAAAGAGCUUAAACCAGUGUCUGCAUGAAACGGAGCCACAAAAUUUUAUACGAGUAUCAGAAUUCCGACUCAUGAAACUCGUAGAGGAUCCAGACCAGCAGCCCAUCCUCUUAGGGCUCUUCCUGUCCAUGUACCUGGUCACAGUUUUCGGGAACCUGCUCAUCACCCUGACUAUCAUCUUUGACUCCCACCUCCACACCCCCAUGUACUUCUUCCUCUCCAACCUGUCCUUGGCUGACAUCUGUUUCAUUUCCACCACGGUCCCCAAGAUGAUUGCCAACAUCCUAACUCGCAGCACAGUCAUCUCCUAUGUGGGCUGCCUGACCCAGAUGUCUCUUUUACUGUUUUUUGGAUGUAUGGAUGACAUGCUUCUGACUGUGAUGGCCUUUGACAGGUUUGUGGCCAUCUGUCACCCCUUACAUUACCAUGUCAUCAUGAACUUCCACCUCUGUCUCUGCUUUGUUCUGGUGUCUUUUUUGUUUAGCAUUUUGGAAUCUCAGGUACACAAUUUAAUUGCCUUACAAUUCCCUUAUUUUAAAGAUGUGGAAAUUUCUAAUUUCUUCUGUGACCCUUCUCAUGUCCUUAGUCUUUCAUGCUCAAAUAGUGUUACUAAAAAUAUAGUCAUGUAUUUUAUUGGUGCUAUCUAUGGUCUCACUCCUGUCACAGUGAUCAUUUUGUCUUACUAUAAAAUUAUUUCUUCUAUUCUGGAAAUCACUUCAUCACAUGGAAAGUAUAAAGCAUUUUCCACCUGUACAUCUCACUUAUCAGUCCUUUGCUUAUUUUAUGGGACUGGAAUUGCAGAAUACCUUGAAUCCUUUGUAUCUAGUUCUAGAAAAAGUGCAGUAGUCUCAUUAAUGUGUACAGUAGUCACCCCUAUGUUGAACCCAUACAUUUACAGCCUAAGGAAUAGGGACAUUAAAAAUGCUCUUCAGAGGCUGUGGAGCAGAACUGGAAAAUCUCAUCAUGUCUUCCAUCCAUCCUGUAGUUUGCAUUGA